AUGGAUGACUUCACAUCGAGGUUUAGAGCAGUCGAGACAGACCAGAAGCUCGAGAGCCAUGGCUAUGGUAGCAGAGACAUCACCACCCGGAUGCACACCACCCAGAUGCAGCGGCAUGCGGGGACAGAUCUGCCCCGACCGAGCGGGGUCACCCCAUCGAGUUCACCGUGGAACGAGGGCAGUGAUGCGAGGGAUAAAGCUUCGUCUUCAUCAUGGUCGUGGGGUCUCAGCGACGCCGAAUCUAAGAGGCGAAAAAGAGUGGUUAGGUACAAGGCAUAUGGCGCAGAGGGGAAGAUCAAGGCUUCGAUAAGGGGCAGCCUUCGAUGGAUCAAGAACAAGUACUCCGAGCUCGUGCAUGGUUGCUAG